UAUAUCACAAAAUACGUUUUAUAUUGGGUUGCAAUGAAAUUAAUCAAUCAUUUAUAUUAGCCUUUUAAAAUGUUCAAAUGCAAUGUAAAAAAGACAAGUAGGCUACCAAAGACAAUACAUUAAUCUAGCCACAAUGCUCUUUGAUUGUAGUUUUGCAGUGACUAUGUUCUGAGACCACAUGAAGGUCUACAUUAUGUACAUGGCAAUAUAAUACAAAUUACUUUUUUAAAACCAUAACAAAUUGCACAAUAAAGGUCAAACAAAGUCAUUCACUAGCACUAGUUGCUCAAGCUGUAAAGGAAAUGACUUGUGGUCAACAUGAUGGUCAACAUCACAUGGUCAUUUAGUUACAUUUUACUGGAAGGAAUUUCAUGUUUUGAAUAAGCAGGUUUAAGGUCAGGUGCUAGAUAGAUAGACUGUCAUAAAUUGUAGGUCAUGACAGUCUCCCCCCCCCCCCCCCUCCAUUCAAGUAAAUUCAAAGGGCAUUAUUGGCAUGGGAAACACGUGUUUACAUUGUCAAAGCAAGUGGAAUAGACAAUAAACAAAAAGGGAAAUAAACAAGGGAAAUAAUACCCCCCACUCUCGCUCGCUCUCUCUCUCUCUCUGUCUCUCUCUAUGCCGAUGAGUGUUUGCUGCCGUCUCUUCGUUUCAUUCUCAGAAUCGCUGGAAACUCUAUUCCACACAUCCCCAGCUUUAUUUAGACCUCAAGCUUCUUUAAACUUUACAUCCCACACAAACAUUCGCGAGGAAAUAUAUUUUAGACCGUUUAUGUUCCCUUCGGUACGCAGAGAUUGCACUGGUGGUCAGAACUUGAAUUAUGAUAAGCAAAAUGGGAGGAAAGUCGUUUCUUGCUCACUGAAGUUGGAGGCUAUCCUAGUGGAAGUGGAAGAGGUGGCGGCAGGUCGGCAACACCACGAGCUCACUCUCUGAGAAAGACUGAGUCCAUCUUUACAACAUACAGUACCUCCUCCAUCGAGGUGGGCUAAGAUACAGUACCUCCUCCAUCGAGGUGGGCUAAGAUGAGUAUAACCAGUGAUGAAGUGAACUUCUUGGUCUACAGAUAUCUUCAGGAGUCAGGUUUCUCCCACUCAGCAUUCACCUUUGGAAUCGAGAGCCACAUCAGCCAGUCCAACAUCAAUGGAACACUAGUGCCCCCUGCUGCCCUCAUCUCCAUCCUGCAGAAAGGCCUCCAGUAUGUGGAGGCAGAGAUCAGCAUCAAUGAGGAUGGCACAGUGUUUGAUGGGCGGCCCAUCGAGUCUCUGUCACUCAUCGACGCGGUUAUGCCGGACGUGGUACAGACGCGGCAGCAGGCCUUCCGCGACAAGCUAGCCCAGCAACAGGCGGCCUGCACCAUGGCAGUUGUUGCCGCUAGCAACCAACUUAACGCAACAAAGAACGGAGAGGCCACCGUGAACGGGGAGGAAAACGGAACACACACCAUCUAUAACCACAGCGAGCCCAUGGAGAUGGAUGUGGACGUGGAGAUCCCAGCCAGCAAGGCCACGGUCCUCCGAGGCCAUGAGUCAGAGGUGUUCAUCUGUGCCUGGAACCCUGUCAGCGACCUGCUGGCCUCGGGGUCGGGAGACUCGACAGCUCGGAUCUGGAACCUUAUUGAGAACAGUAACAGCAGCUCCACCCAGCUGGUGCUCAGACACUGCAUCAGGGAGGGAGGCCAGGACGUCCCCAGCAACAAAGACGUCACCUCACUAGACUGGAAUAGCGAUGGGACACUCUUAGCAACCGGAUCCUAUGAUGGAUUUGCAAGGAUAUGGACAAAAGAUGGUAAUCUGGCGAGCACCUUGGGCCAACAUAAAGGGCCCAUAUUUGCUCUGAAGUGGAACAAGAAAGGAAACUGUAUCCUCAGUGCUGGUGUAGAUAAGACGACAAUCAUUUGGGACGCACACACAGGAGAGGCCAAGCAGCAGUUCCCCUUCCACUCAGCUCCAGCCCUGGACGUGGACUGGCAAAACAACACAACGUUUGCCUCCUGCAGCACAGACAUGUGCAUCCACGUGUGUCGACUGGGCAGCGACCGGCCGCUCAAGACCUUCCAGGGCCACACGAAUGAAGUCAACGCUAUUAAGUGGGACCCAUCAGGGAUGCUACUAGCCUCCUGCUCUGAUGACAUGACUUUAAAGAUCUGGAGUAUGAAGCAGGACUCAUGUGUCCAUGACCUCCAGGCCCACAGUAAAGAGAUUUACACUAUCAAGUGGAGCCCCACCGGCCCAGGCACCAGCAACCCCAACUCCAACAUCAUGCUGGCUAGUGCCUCGUUUGACUCAACUGUGCGUCUGUGGGACGUGGAGCGAGGUGUGUGUAUCCACACCCUGACCAAACACCAGGAGCCCGUCUACAGUGUGGCCUUCAGCCCUGACGGGAAGCACCUGGCCAGCGGCUCCUUCGACAAGUGUGUCCACAUCUGGAACACCAUGACUGGAGCCUUGGUGCAUAGCUACAGGGGGACCGGAGGGAUUUUCGAGGUGUGCUGGAACAGCACAGGAGACAAAGUUGGUGCUAGCGCUUCAGAUGGAUCAGUAUGUGUUCUUGAUCUCAGAAAAUAGCAUCCUGGCAGUGACUGAAGUUGGACCCUGCCAUCAGCGAACACUCUCAUAGCUCAAAGCAGGCCUGGCAACAUGGAGGACAUCCUCAUAGGGUGGACACAGGAGACCUUUUAACUACCAUAACCUACUUAAUUGCAGAGGCAAUCCUCAGUUUGUGGAUUUGUGUCUCCUGUUUAAGACCACAAAGAACAUUUCCUGGGUUAAUUAACAUACUGGACUAAAUCCAAUUUAUUUUGUUCAGCCAUGUUUUAAAAGGUGCCUAAAGAGGAAGUGAAAUGAUGACCUGCCUCGUGGCCAGUGGCCCUGCUGUUAUCUGGCUAGGGUCUGAAUCAUGAGGAAGAGGGUUUGUACAGGAAGAGGUGUGAGGAGAGACAGACCGGUGUUUUGGGUGUGUUUGACAUGAAAUUGUGAAAGAAAGGUUGUGUUUUAGGACUUAUCUAAGCACAUGUUAGCCCUAUGGUGUCCUGAGUUGAGAAACAAUAUGGGAGACAUGAUGAGAGUGACAUUGUUAUUGCUGCACUGGCAUUCUCAAAUUAUGUGAUGUUUAAAUUGUCCUCAGUGGAGAAUAGUUCCUGUUUAAACAGUACUUCUUGCAGAUUCUUCACAAACGGACUUCUGAAAGUCAGAAUUAAAAAAGGUGCCGCUAUGAGGUAGUUCUGUGCUCGCAUUUAAUAACAUCAAGGUCAACCAAAAUCACCAAACUGCCAAGUUUAACUUCUCUAAGUUUGAAUGACAUUUAAUUCACUUUAAAAAGAAAAUAUGCAAAAAGCGUGGGUUAUAAGCAUAUAUUCUCCCUUCUGGAUGUACAUUUAAUGAAUGUAAAGAUAUGUAAAUUAGAAAAAUACACAGACUUUUAUAUACUGUGUAUAUAUGUUUAUAUUCAGUACACUUUAACGUAAUCUUCUAGACGCUCAAUACUGGCUAGAGCUAUCACAUCUUUUCUUUGCUGAUACUCAGUUACAAGACCCUGAUUCAAUUUAAUGCAUGUCAGAUAGAUGUUUCUUUUGUUACCAUGUAUGUUAUUUUAUUCUGCCAUAUAUGUGUGUAUCAGGUUGGUGUGUUAAGUCAGGUGGCGCUGAAGUGGACUGUAGUCAUUUCACUGAUGGCUCUUUACACUUUAAGCCAUGGAGAUCUGUGCCUCAACGUAACUGCAUGGACCAUGGGUAAUGAUGAAUGGGAUAAAGAUGGGAUGUUACAUUCUGUAGGCUCUACCUGUUUUGUCGGGGUUACCCCUGGCUCAGGUCUGGGAUGUGAAACAGGACCUGUCUGUAUUCAGCCCUAAUGACAACCAUUGAAAUGGAAAUCAGAACAGACAGAGAGCAUGCUGACUGAGAAGGAGUGGAUGCUGUGAACAUUUGUAUUGUGUUGUCUUAAUGUUGCUUUAGUAGCAAAGUGUCAUCACUAGUCAUCUACUGAGCUUUUCUUACAGUACUCCUUUGUUUGGCAGCGUGAUUGUUCUGGUGGAAACCCAGGUUACACGCUGACUGAUCAACCAGGCUCUGAUUGGUCAAGUGGAAGUCCUGCUGUAGCUUCUAAGCUGUGAUUGGUUGAGUUGGGUUGAGGUCCCGACAUUGCCACCGCCUGAUCUAAUUGGUCAGAUUGGACUUAUUAUUUGACUUGGCUGUAUGAUGGAUUUAGCUUUAAUUGUGUGCAGUAUGUCUACUUGUACUUAUCGUGGUCUAACGUGACAGUCUUUUCAAACUAACAAGCCACCACUUUGAGAAUGCCUUUUUUUCUGGUCUAUUCUUUCAGUCAAGCUAAUUUUUAGAGCACUUUUUCAGAAGGUAGGCUCAGCUUUUGUUUGGUUUUGUGCUGAAAGAGGAAGGCCAGCAUUUUACAUCAUUUUUAUAUAUAUAUAUAAUCGGGCGUUGAUGUUUUUUUGCUGAGAGCCAAUAUUGUCUGUGUCAGACUGAGAAUCGGGCUGUGGUUGGUGGCCAUCUUGGCAUGUUGAGAAGCCCAGUGUGGAAUAAAGUGCUGUUACUGACAGCGAUCUCUCUCCCACCCCAGUCUAGGAUAUGGUCAUCUGUUUCCAAGACUAAACAAUGAAUUCACACUCAAUGUCUCAAAUAAAUCACUCUAUUUUGAUAUGAGAAAA